AUGAAAACCAUCAUUAGCUCCGCUGACGAUAGUGUAGAUGACGAGAGCAUGUGUACCCUUGCCAGCACCCAGGGCUUUCAUUCUGGGCACACACCUUACAAGUGUAAUGAGUGUGGCAAAGCCUUUAAGCAGUUCUCCAACCUUAUGAGACAUCAGAGAAUCCAUACUGGGGAGAAGCCAUAUACAUAGAAUCUUGGUGGUAAAGUCUUUACUCAGAAUUCCCACCUUGUAAGUCAUGGUAGAAUUCACACUGGUGAGAAACCACACAAAUGUAAUGUGUGUGGCAAAGUCUUUAAUCAAAACUCCCACCUUGCAAAUCAUUGCAGAAUUCAUACUGGCGAGAAAUCUUACACAUGUAUGAAAUGUGGUAAGGCAUUUAACAAAUGUUCAUACCUUUGGGAUGAUGAAAGAAUUCAUAUUGGAGAGACACCUUACAAAUGCAAUGAAUGUGGCAAAGCCUUUAAGCAUUACUCACACCUCAUUAAACAUCAGAAUAUAUAUCCUGGAGAGAACCCACAUAAAUGUAAUGCGUGUGGCAAGGCUUUUAUUCACAGUUCAAGUCUUGUGAAACAUCAGAGGAUUCAUACUGGAGAGAAGUCAUAAAGAUGUAAGGAAUGUGGUAAAGCUUAUUUCCAAAGUUCAAGCCUUUUGCAACAUCAGAGAAUUCAUACUGAUGAGACACCACACAAAUGGCAUCGAAAAGAGGUUCUUGCUCGCAUACCUCUUCUCGCCGCGCGCCUGCGUAGUUUAUUUCAGACGCGGAAGCGGGUGGCGCGGAGUGAAAUUAAGAGUGAGACGUUAAGGUCCCUGCUCCUGCUCUUCCCACACCCGGAAAAUCCCGUGGGACUUUCCGGCCCUCAGGAUCUGCCACCGGCCGGGCGCCGGAGUCGGAUCCCCGCCUCGGCCUUUUUGCCCGCGGGCCGUGAAGACGACGUCUGCCCCGUCGUUUUCCCGCUGAAAACCUUCCUCUGCCCCCACCCACACUACGCCGGGUCACAUCUUCGCCCGGAGAUGGGGUCGGCCACUGUCGCCCAUUGA